CGGUGUUGUUAACUUGCUCCUGGAGACGCUUCUCGGAAGUCGGUCUGGCCCGCGGUGGAGAAGGUGGUUACGCGGCUAGACUGAAAGCUGAGGUCUUGAUCUUCCACAAUGGGUGAACCACAGCAAGUGAGUGCGCUUCCACCACCUCCAAUGCAAUACAUCAAGGAAUAUACAGAUGAAAAUAUUCAGGAAGGCUUAGCUCCCAAGCCUCCCCCUCCAAUAAAAGACAGUUAUAUGAUGUUUGGCAACCAAUUCCAGUGUGAUGAUCUUAUCAUCCGCCCUUUGGAAAGUCAGGGCAUUGAACGACUUCAUCCUAUGCAGUUUGAUCACAAGAAAGAACUAAGAAAACUUAAUAUGUCUAUCCUUGUUAAUUUCUUGGACCUUUUAGAUAUAUUGAUAAGGAGCCCUGGGAGUAUAAAACGAGAAGAGAAACUAGAAGAUCUUAAGCUGCUUUUUGUACAUGUGCAUCAUCUUAUAAAUGAAUACCGACCCCACCAAGCAAGGGAGACCUUGAGAGUCAUGAUGGAGGUCCAGAAACGUCAACGGCUUGAAACAGCUGAGAGGUUUCAGAAGCACCUGGAACGAGUAAUUGAGAUGAUUCAAAAUUGCUUGGCUUCUUUGCCUGAUGAUUUGCCCCAUUCAGAAACAGGGGUGAGAGUAAAAAGUGAACCAAUGGAUGCCGAUGAUAGCAACAACUGUACUGGGCAGAAUGAACAACACAGAGAAAAUUCAGGUCAUAGGCGAGACCAGAUUAUAGAAAAAGAUGCUGCCUUGUGUGUUCUAAUUGAUGAAAUGAAUGAAAGACCAUGAAGGAUGUUUCUCUUUCUUCUUUUUUGCUUUUGAUACAUAGCUCAUAUGUUAAUUUUCCUUUGGACAGUGUUAGGAGAAAUACAGCUAACAAUGUAAAUGGCUUUUAGUCUUGACUCUCCAACUACUUUAGUUAUGAGAAGUCAUAGGUAUUAAUUUUGCUGUGUAACAAGCAUGGCAAAUGAGUACCCUUACAUUAAGAGUAAUCAUUUUAAAAAACAAAGUAUAUGCUGCUGUUGUGUGAGACAUUCCUAUUUUUUUGGAGUUCCAGUAAAACAUUGAAAAUAACC